AAAUGUGGUCUCCAGUGAACCUAAGGAUGUGUUCAUUAGAUUUUAUGGCAAGAAAUGGAUUACAGAUCCGAAUGAAUCCAACGAGAGAUUGACUGAUAUUAUCAUCAAUUUAUUAACUUCUGAACACAAUUUAGGACCAAAAGUGUACGGAAUGUUCAGCGAAGGCAUUGUUGGCGAAUAUAUUGAUGGUCACCACAUGAGUCCCGAAGACUACUUGAAUCCAUUGAUUGUCAAAGAAUUUGCUCAAAAAUUGGCAAAAUUUCAUUCAUUGAAUGUUCCGAUAGCUCGUGAUUAUGAGUGGUGUAAAACACAUUUCCAUACAUUUUAUAAUGCCGUUCACAAAGAGAUACCAGACUUACAUCAACUGAUCCGAGAGAUUGAGGCCAAGAAUCUGUUGAAAUAUGAUUUCAAAGAGGAGAACGAAUGGUUACACAAAUGUUUGGAUGCCUUGAAAUCGCCAAUAGUUUACUCACAUAACGAUAUAUUUAACGCAAAUAUAUUGGUUACUAAUCAAGUCAAUGAAAACAGUGAUAAUAAUGUGGUGUUAAUUGAUUUUGAAUAUUCCCGACAUUUUUAUCGCGGCUAUGAUUUGGGUUUCUUUGUCAAUGAGUUCGGGAGAGACAGCAAUUUCUUUAUCCGCGAAGACCUGCCUUUGGCCGACGAUCAGUGGAUCCAAACAUUUUUGGGCCACUAUUUGGACGAAUUGGUGAAAAUUUGGGGCAAAGAGUUCGCCGAUAGACCCGAGAAUUCAAUGGAUGUUCUCUUAAGGGAAACAAAAUUCUUUGCAUUAAUUAUGGAUAUGACUUGUAUUAUGAUAUUGUAUUGCAUUAAUGAAGUGCCAGACGGAGGCAAUAAACGGGAUAUUAUGAAAAGAGUGGAUACCUAUUACGGCCGUUAUAUUGAGCGCCGGCAACAGUUUGAAAGGUUAGGCAUAACACCCAUUCCUCGUUAUUCAUAG